UCUCCCAUUAUUCCUGCUGCUAAACCUGUCCCAUUAUUCCUGCUGCUAUUCUGCCUGGAUCCUAAAAACACACCCGUAGGAUCACCUGCGCAGGUAUUAACUAGUUUAUUUUAAAGCCUGUCCAAACUUGUUGGAGUAAAAAUAACAAUCCGGGAACCUUUGGACUAACUCUGUUGAGAAAAAGAAUAUCUGCAACAAGUGAAAGUAAAUGCGAACAAGUGAAAGUAAAUGCUUCAAACGGAGAUUUUUCUGCUCUUCUGAAAUGGCUCGUCGGUAUUUCCUGACUUAUUUCACCCUCACAUCAUUCCUAGUUGCCGGACAGUCUCCAGAAUAUGCACUGCAGGGGGGGGAGGUGUCCUUAAAGCCAGGCGUCACUGGAAACCCUGAUGGAAUUCUGUGGAAACAUAACGGCAACAAAGUGGUAGAGUUUAAUGGCAAAGAGCAACAUGUCUACAAACCAUUUGAAAACAGGAUCACUGUUGACUGGGUCUCUGCAGAUAUCCAAAUUACUGACCUCAGGUUUGAAGACAGUGGAGAGUAUGAGUUGGAACUAGAACUUAACAAAAAGUUGCAGCGUUUUUUGUAUCAAUUGGACGUCAUUGACAAGAUUGCCAAGCCCACCAUAUCCUGUGAGAUAAACGAUGACAGCAUCGGUAACAUCUCUGGAAAGCUGCUGUGCUCUGCAAAGCCCGGAAGACUUCAAUCCGUAAAGAAGUUGGAGUGGAGAUCUCAAGGAAGCGUGCAGCCUGGCCCAGAGUUUAACAUUCCUCUGGGGGGUGAACAUAAUGAGGAAGAGUACAGUUGUACAGUCAGCAACCCUCUGAGUAGUGAAACAGCUACAUUCACUGCAAAGGAUUGCUACCCAGUAAAAAGCUCAUCUGUAGGAGUGACUGCCGGCCUUGUCAGCUUAUUUUGUAUUCUCCUCCUUGGGGUUCUUCUGGGCAUAGUUUUGUACUGCAAACUACGCCAUAAAGCAUGUUUUGCAAAAGAUGAUCCUGAAAAACAGUCACCAAAAAAAGGUGAAGAGAAGAACGAAGCAGAGAGUUCUGAAAAAGAGCUUCUUCUUCAUCCCAGUCAAUCCACACUACCCUCUAACCAGCCUCUCCAUUUUAAUCAAGAUCAUAAUAUCGAUCAAGAAGAUGAUACGCCACGAAAAGGGAUGGUCAAAGAGCGCAGAAAAAGAUUUGAAACAAGCGAUUCUGGAUAUAACGACGGACCACAGAUGGGAAAAAAAAUCCCGCAGGGUAAGCUCACAGACUCUGAGGAGGCAGAACCAAACCCCGCUGAAAAGAACAUUGUGUCUCCUCCUUCCCCUCGGCAUAAUGAGACAGCUUCUUCUCUGGAUCUGAAUAAUCGAGGAGAUGAAGAUGCAGACCAGAACAGAGAGGAUCUAGAGAGAGAAAUCCCACAGGGUAAACUCACAGACUCUGAGAAGGCAGGACCAGACCCAGCUGAUCUGUCGGAAGGCCUGAGUGAGGAAUCCUCCAUUCCUGAACAGACAGAAAAGAACACUGAAGAGCAUGAGAAAACUGCGUCUCCUCCUUCCCCUACACAUAGUGGGUCAGCUUCUUCUCUGGAUCAGAGUAAUGUUGAAGAUGAAGAUGCAGACCAGCACAGAGAGCCUGCCGAUGAUAAAAUCCCACAGUGUGACCCCUCAGACUCCGAGAAGGCAGAUCCAGAGUCAGCUGAUGUGUCGGACGUCCCGAGUGAGGAGAGCCAGUCUGACAUGGAAUCCUCCGUUACUGAAAACACAGAGCCAGAGAAGAAAGACGAUGAGGCUGAGGAAAUGCAGUCUGCUCCUGCCAGCGCUGAGAAUUGUUCUCCCGCUCAGCCACCUGAGGACAGUACUUUUGGACACAAAGAGGACGCCAACUCUCAGGUCACUAAAGAAACUAAAGAGAAGAAUGUCAGAGAGUCUGACUCAUCGGGUGAGGAGGAAAGAAAUGAAUCAGACGACUCUGCCGAAGACGAACAUUCGCCCACCCCUCCUGAACACAAAGGGUUAGAAACAACACGACAUGAGCAAGAUUUAAAAGCCGCAGAAGAAGAAACACACAUAAGCCAAGAUAACAAGCGAGAGGUCAGUGAAACAGUCAAACCGGUUUCCGAAGAUGGAAAUAAAACAGAAAGUGUAGGCGACUGUAAAGAAACAGAUAAGGAACCAGAUCUGUAUUUAGCCACCUCCCAGCAUUCUCAGAGCCCCACACCUAGCAGUACCUUUCAAGAGACUCCAGACACUGCAGGAGCAGAGCCAGAUCAAGAAGAAGAGGAGCAACAAGGCCAUGAUAAGUCUAAGGUGCAGUCAGAGAAAGAUAAGGGAGAUGUUGUUGAAGAUAAACAUGAGGUCGAGUGUGGACGUGAAGAGGAAAAGCCAGGCAAUGAAAGCCUUAGUGAGGAUGAAGAAGAACAAAAGAAAAAUAAAGUUGUUGCUUAGGCCUUUAGGCAACUUGACAAAUAUGAAAGGUAGAAUUCAAGAUGGAAGUUGAUAACAAAAGUGCAGGUGUAAACACAACACAUCAACAGGAAAUGAGAUCAAUACAACGAUUUUAAAGGUAGAGUUCAAGGACUAUUUAGGAAUGUAUAGACAGUCAAAAUGUAGAGAAAUACCUGCUGUGGUAUUGCAGAAAGAAAUUGAAAAGAUGGACAUACAGCAGGAAAAGAAGCAGACAAUUAGCAAGGGGGAAAAAAGUGGUUGAUUCAAAGGUUAUUCAAAAGAUCAAAAUGAAAUCAGUAAUACCAUUAUUUUAUCUCCGUAACAUGCAGUGAACGAUAGAGAUAACCAUCUCUCAGAGAGCUGGCAUGCUCUUGAAAUGACUUUAUAUUAUUUACAUGUUUACUUGGCAGUGUGCAGGAGGUGAAGGGGUAGAGCACCAGGGUGUACAACUAACACAUGUGUUGCUUCCUUUUUAAGAUAACCCUAAUUCUCUUAUUUUUAGCUAUAAAGUUAUUUUACAUAUUAUUCAACAAGUGUUCGAUUAACAGCUGCAUUGUUUUUUUCAAUUGUUUUAAUUGUUUGUCUUUUUAAACGAUAUAACUUGUCCACUAAUAACUCUACAUAAUAUGUUUAAUUUAUGAAUCAAGGUAGUAUAAAUAAGAAUGUAUAACUCUAAACAAUUUAACGGCACUAAUCUUGUAAAUGUUAUAUUGUGACCUUGGAAACAUUUGUAGUUGGUUGUGCAGAGACUGUGACGUGCUCACACAAUAGAUGUUUGCCGUUUUUAAAAUCUUAAAGCUUUAAUGAAGGUGUUGUAGGUGAGUAAAAUCAUCAAACACAAUAAAUAAUUUGUCUGGAUUUAUAAUGGACAAUAUAUGUGUUCACUGUACGAUACUGUAAGCAAUAGAAAAUACAUAUUUGACCUUUGCUCCAAGUAUUGAUAACGUUUCAUGUAUUAACUUAUUUGUAUUGAGACCAGCUUAUCACUGCUAAUAUUUGAAGUGUUUUGGAGCUCAGGGUAUAUUUCACAUUAUAAACUUUUAAUGAUUUAUAUGAUAUUUCCAUGCAUGACACUUAGAUUUGUUUACAAUGUGUUUUUUACCUUUCUAACGCUUGAGUUUUUGCUGAUGAUAUUGUUUUCGAAAUGUUUCACUGUCCUGGUUAGUAAAGGCAUUUUCAUUUUUAAAUAAAAGCUCAGAUUCUGCA